AUGAUUCUAGCUGGCAGCGACUUGAGUGAACGGAAUAACUAUCCUUGCAAUAAAAUCAUGAAUAUCGAUGACUCUGUGUUAGAUACUUCUUGCGGUAUGGGUCGUUCUCAAAAGUUUGCAGAGGCCACUAAGGUCCUCCGACCCAUCGUCUUUACUGAAUCUGCCAGUACAGGUGAUAGCCAUGGUGCAGACCGAUAUGACUCUAAAAAUUGGCCGCCAUUGACAGAUCAUGAUUAUAGCAAUUUACCUGUUGCAUCUAAAUCCAACAUAUCAGAACCACCUCGGCAAGUAUGCAGAGAUCUUAAUUCUAUCCUCUUGAGCAACAAUACCAACCUGAGUGAAGCUUCGAGCCUAUUCAAUGCGUCCACUUGGCCUUCGAUGCCACGACCUACCUCACCAGACCUCAGCAUCAUCAUCAGCAGCAAGAGCGUCCAUCCAUCUAUUCUGGAAAAAAAAAACAGAACCACCAACAAUUGGAGAAGCAGCAUGGACAGACCUACAACCAACACCAGCAACAACAUCGCCACCAUCAUCGGCGAGACAUCUUGUCUCCUUACAUAG